AUGGCCUGCUGCUUGUUGAAAAGCUUACUUAAUAGACUUGCUACUAGAGACAGACUUUUCAGAUUUGGGAUCACCUCGACAGAAGAUUGUGUUCUAUGUACUGGUAUGAAGGAAUCUAGAGAUCAUCUAUUUUUCCAAUGCCCUUUUUCUGCCUAUAUAUGGAAACUCUGUAAAAUGAAGUUGCAUACUGAUGCCAUGGCAAUUCAUGACCUGAGAACUGAAGCAAUAGAAACACAAAACAAAUUCAAAGCGAAAGAUAGAAUUUAUAUUUUGGCUAGAUUGGUUUUGAGUGCAACAGUUUGGCAUAUUUGGCAAGAAAGAAACCGCAGAAUAUUUCAUGAUAAAAAGAUGCAUAAAGUUAUGGUUUUUAGAAGACUAUAUGAAGACAUUAAUGUUAUAAUCAGAACCUGCUACUGGAAAUCUGGAAACAAUACUAUUCUAUCAAAUUGGGGUAUUGAUGCGAGUAAACAAUGA